CUUAGAUAUUGAGUUGAGUUUAUAAUGGCAAUAGCAAGGGUUACGUCAUCGAAUGUUAUGCAUUACAUGCACCAUACCAUAUGAUAUUUUUCUAUAAUUUUUAUUGCCCAUUACGAAUGUUUAAUUCAAUAAGCUAACCUGUGCUAUACAGAUGUGACUGUUAGUCAUCAGGUAAUAUACUCCAAUGGGUGUUUAUUUGUAGUUAAGUCGGCUUGGGAACCCGAGCAAUUCACAAUCAUAUUCCGUUUCUCUCACACGCCCAACUUAAUCAUGCCUAGCGCAUGCGCAGUCAGCUGUCAGCAAUUCCUUUGUUCAGCUCACAACACAUGGUUCAAUCAAGCGCGUUUCCUAAUGGUCGGAUCUUGACUGAACUUUAUGCCAUAUUUCCGGUUUCUCAACGAAGUACCUACGUAGUAACGAAGUAACCGUCACAUACAGUAACGUCUCGUAACAGUACUAUGGCCCCUCGUCGAAAACGUAUUUCGACUUGCGAAGCUGCCAUCGAUGUAAACAACCAAGAUGGCCGACCGGCCGUAUCAACACGACUUCGGUCUAAUUCUUCGAACGUCCGCAGGAGAUACCAGUCAAUUAAUCCAGACUCGGCGGCUACCGAACAUUCUCACGACCCUUCCAACUGGUACGUUGCAGAACUCCGAGAGCGCAUCGCCAGGGACAUCGGUAUUUUACACCUGCCAAAUUCUAUGUCACGAGGUCAACUCAUUCAGUUCUACUCAAAGAAUGUGCCAGCGAACAUACGGCCACUACCUGCCUCCCGGACUUCAGCUACAAGCCAAGUCAGACAAGAGUUUCGAAACAUUCCUAAUUCAGUGGAUAUUCGCGAUGUCGGAGAACCUAACGAAAUUCCAAACGAAGCACCGAGAACGACUCCGCCUAUGACGUCACCAAGUGUCAUGGCUGCGCCCACACAGCCUGACUUGCAGAGUUUAGUCGCGACUGUUCAAGCGCUUCAACAGUCAGUGGAAACUAUCACAAGAGUUUUGCUGCCUCACCAUACUCAGUCGUCACCUUCCGCCACCGACACAACGACAAGUCCCUCCAUUCUGCCGCAGCAAUCAACCGCCAGAGAAGAAAUUAGAAUAAACGGGAAAUUCACCCUGUCAACUGCAAUUGCCAACCAUGCCGCCACCGCUACGCAACCACUGGACCCCAACACACUGCCAAGACUGGAGACAGCGUCUGCACAUCUCAGGCAACAGAUUCACGAGGGUAGGGACAUUAAUUUGGCUCUGUUACUAAUUCCGGAUGAUGUUCAUUGUGGCCCACGUAGCAUUCAGAUAGGCGAUGGUCAAUUACAUCUCAAAACUCCCAGUGACAAGAGACUUCAGAAAGUGUUGGGUAUCAGAGACUUCCUCAAAGCAUUUGAAAGGUUCAAAAAGAUAAUGAUGGAGAAAUUCCCCAACAGGUCAGCAGAGUUGGACGAAUAUCAAGGCAUUAUUAUUGGACUAAGUAACGAGACGGACGACAAUGCGUUCUACACUUAUCACAAGAUGUUCUCUGCACAAGCGGCAGCUGCCAUUGAACUAUUAAAUCGACCAGUAUACUGGGGCAGACUGGACCGAGAACUCUAUAUAAAGAUUUUUACGUCCAGGAAAGCCAAUGCAUGCCAGUGGUGCGGCGAAUUAAGUCACACAUCAGAAUUCUGCCCGUUGUCACUUAAUGACCAAAUGAAAUCAUCCCUGGUACCCAGGAAGCCGCAGCAGAUACGGACGAACAAUUUCGACGGUACAGACGCCCAUGGACGAGCCAUCAUCUUCCAUCAGGGACAAUCCAUCUGCAAUAAUUACAAUGACAGAGGAUGCAGCCAUCAACAUUGCAGGUUCAUGCACGUGUGCCUAAUAUGCAAGAGGACUCAUCCGAAAUUUCAAUGUCGCACAGACAAGACGUCCAAGAAGUCGGACAAAUGACUUGAAGCCAGACCAUCUCCUGUUAAUAUUGAAACACUUAGAGCUACUUUAGCCAAGCAUCCAGACCAAAACAUGACAGCAUAUCUCAUCCUCGGUUUCCAAGAAGGUUUCUACACAGGAAUUAAGAACCCACCAACCGUCACACGAGUAUGUCGAAACUUGCUAUCAACCCGAGGACCCCUCAACGUAAAUAUGGUGACGAAACUGAUACAUGAAGAGAAGGACAAAGGUUACCUUAUGGGUCCAUUCCACACAAGUCCCUUUCCUCUGCAGCGAGUUAGUCCCAUAGGAUUGGUUGAGGGCAAAUAUUCAAAAAAAUUACGACUUAUAGUAGAUAUGUCAGCUCCACAUGAAGACCAAGAUAAUCCAAGUCUCAACUCUUUGAUUGAUAAAGAAGAAUAUUCCUUGAAGUACGUUAAAGUCGAUGAUGCCAUAUCAUGCAUUAGACAGCUAGGUAGAGGAACAUUCAUGUGCAAAACGGAUGUUACAGAUGCCUUCAAACUUAUCCCAAUUCACCCCUCAUUGUGGCAUCUGCACGGUAUCAAAUGGCAAGGAGAAUAUUUUUACUACACACGAUUGGUGUUUGGCUGCAGAUCCAGUCCAAAAAUCUUUGAUACCCUCGCUGCAGCAGUGUGUUGGAUAGCCAAACAG